ACUAAAAAUAAAACCACCCCUGGAGGCCAGAAAGCUAAGAAGUAAAGAAGAGAGAGGCAGCCCAAAAAAGAGCUAAAACUGAGAGAGAGUGAGAGAGAGAUCAAAUACAGAUCGAAAUCCCUGUUAAUGGGAUUGUUUCCCUAAACGGAAACAGGCAUUCUUCGAUUUGUUUUGGUAUCUUUUUAGGCAUCCAUAUCAAACUCCCUUUAAGCUUCUUGUUUCCUGAGUUCAAUGGAGGGCGACAAAAAGUACAUUACAGGCGAAGAGCUUAAGCAACACAACAAGGAAGGAGACUUGUGGAUCUCUAUCCAGGGAAAGGUUUAUAAUGUCUCUGAUUGGGCUUAUGAGCAUCCAGGCGGAGAUGUUGCUCUCCUGAAUCUGGCAGGCCAAGAUGUUACUGAUGCAUUUAUUGCCUACCAUCCUGGAACAGCAUGGCAAUAUCUUGACAAGUUCUUUACGGGGUAUUAUCUCAAAGAUUUCAAGGUGUCAGAGACGUCCAAGGAUUACAGGAGGCUUGCUUCAGAGUUUGCGAAACUGGGUUUGUUUGAAAAGAAAGGACAUAUUACCAUGUAUGCCCUCGCAUCUAUUGCAUUGAUGUUUUGCGUUGUUCUUUAUGGUGUUUUGUGUUGCCAGAGUGUUUGGGCUCAUUUAGGAUCUGCUUUGGUGUUGGGUUUUCUUUGGAUUCAAAGUGCCUAUAUUGGUCAUGAUUCGGGGCAUUACCAAGUAAUGAAGAGUCGUGGUUAUAACAAAUUUGCUCAAUUUGUUGCUGGGAAUUCCCUCACAGGCAUUAGCAUUGCUUGGUGGAAAUGGACCCACAAUGCACACCAUCUUGCCUGCAACAGUCUUGAUUACGAUCCUGAUCUUCAACACAUACCAGUCUUUGCGGUAAAUUCGACUUUUUUUAAUUCGAUAAAGUCUUGCUUUUAUGGAAGGUACUUGGAUUUUGAUCCUGUGGCAAGGUUUUUUGUGAGUUACCAACAUUGGACUUUUUAUCCAGUAAUGUGUGUUGCCAGGGUCAAUUUGUAUUUACAAACAUUCUUGCUAUUGUUUUCAAAGAGAAAAUUCCCAGAUAGAGCUUUGAACAUCUUGGGAAUCCUCAUCUUUUGGACUUGGUUCCCUCUACUUGUGUCUUGUCUCCCUAAUUGGCCUGAGAGGGUGAUGUUUGUGCUUGCAAGCUUUGCUGUUACCGCAAUUCAACACGUUCAAUUUUGUUUGAAUCAUUUUGCGGCCGAUGUUUACACUGGACCUCCAAAAGGGAAUGAUUGGUUUGAGAAACAGACAGGAGGGACUUUGGAUAUUUCGUGCUCAUCUUGGAUGGAUUGGUUUUACGGUGGUUUGCAGUUUCAGCUUGAGCAUCACUUGUUUCCAAGGAUGCCAAGAUGCCAAUUGAGAAGGGUUUCACCGUUGGUACAGGAUCUAUGCAAGAAGCACAAUUUGUCUUACAGGAGUUUGUCCUUCUGGGAAGCCAAUGUGUGGACAAUCAGGAGACUCAGGAACGUUGCCCAGCAGGCUAGGGAUCUGUCCAACCCCGUCCCUAAAAAUUUGUUGUGGGAAGCUGUUAAUACUCAUGGAUGAAAGUCUACCUUUCUUGAAGGCUUGUCAAGAUUCAAUAAUGAUGAAAGUCUACCUUUCUUGAAGGCUUAUCAUCAGUAAUCAUUUUAUUUUCUUAUUUAAUUUUGAUUUCUCUGGUCUUACUUGUUUUGCUUCGUCGUUUAAUUUGGAAUUUUCUUUUCUUUUUUUCUCCUGAAUUUUGACCUCCAUUAACAGAGGUUGUAUUUGGUAUCGGCGUAUUUGAUCACGCUUAUUAUAAAAGUCAUUGCAAUGGGAAUUAUUUUUCUUGUUUA